AUGGCGGGGUCAACGGUAUAUGUGCCAGAGGUAACAUCUUUGGAUGAGAUCUACGCUCCCGAAGCUCUACUUUCGCAGGGGAAACGAUGGAACGACCUGGCCACUGAAUUCGAGAGACUGUAUGGAAAAGCACCCGAUUUUAUCGCUCGAGCGCCAGGGCGGGUGAACAUCAUUGGAGAGCACAUCGAUUACAUGCUCUAUGAAGUUAUGCCUAUGGCCGUUGCAAUUGAUCUCUUAGUUGCAGUCGCCGCUACCCCUACACCAGAGGGCAAAGAACCGACAGUAGAGAUAGCCAAUCUGUCCGCUGAUAAGUUCCCGUCGAGGGAAUUUACCAUCCCUCUAGAAGGUGAUGUUGAAAUAAACAGCGAUGAUCAUCAUUGGUCGAAUUACUUUAAAUGUGGUAUCCGAGGCGCCCUCGAGCUCCUUAGAAAUGAGGGAUGGAAUGGAAUACCAGCUAGUGUCAAAGUCCUCGUUCACGGGACAAUCCCAUCAGGCGGCGGUUUAUCAAGCAGUGCUGCAUUUACUUGCGCAAGUGCAUUGGCAGUUUUUACAGCGAAUGGGCAGAAAGAGAUUGAGAAAUCGAAAUUAGUCAAUCUUGCAAUUGUUAGUGAGCGGUUUGUGGGCGUGAAUAGCGGAGGGAUGGACCAGACUGCGUCGGUCUUCGGUGGCAAGGACAGUGCACUAUACGUGUCAUUCGUCCCUGAACUUAAGGCUAAACAGUUCUCGUUUCCCAAAUCAGAUCCGCCCCUAAGUUUUCUCAUCGCUCAAACAUAUGUUACUUCAGAAAAGAAGGUUACCGCACCAAUUCAUUAUAAUUUAAGGGUAGUAGAGACAACUCUAGCGGCGGUUGUUCUCGCGAAGAAGUUAGGACUUGGGUCUUUACCGAGCGACAAUGGACCCCUUGGAUAUUCGUUAAGUGGACUCCAGAAGAAGUAUUUCGAGAAACAAGGGACGGUGCCGGGUGUGGUCCAGCAGCUGGAGACCUUGGUUGAUAUUGUCAAGCAGACACUUACUCAAGAGGAAGGCUAUACAAAGGAGGAAAUUGCAGAGAUACUGGAGACUACCCCGGAGGCCCUUACGGAGAGAUAUAUGACACGUUUUCCAAUUCGAGCCGAGAGAUUUCAGCUAAGAUCGAGGGCGACGCACGUUUAUUCAGAGUCACUACGGGUGAACAAGUUUGCAGAGCUCAUGAUGAACGCUCCUGAGAGCGCAUCACUGUCGUAUCUUGAGGCAAUGGGACAAUUGAUGAAUGAAUCACAAGAUUCCUGCAGAGAUCUAUUUGACUGCUCAUGUCCAGAGCUGGAUCUUCUUUGCGAUAUCGCAAGGAAAGCUGGCAGUGUCGGGAGUCGUUUGACAGGUGCUGGGUGGGGAGGAUGCAGUGUACACCUGAUACCGGAGGACAAGGUACCUCAGGUUGAAGCGGCACUGAGGGAAAAUUACUAUAAAAAGAAGUAUCCUCAAGCGUUGGACUCAGAUGAAGCUUGGAGGGAAGCAGUAGUGGUGUCGAAGCCUGGACAGGGAGCUGUUGUCUAUCGAGGGUUUUAA